AUGUUCUCAUCGAAGAAAGCGAGCGUUGUCCGUCGACCAAAAGCCUGUUUUACCUAUUGGAAAACCGAUUCGAACCUUGGAAUAUCGUAUCUGACGUUUAGAAAGCUGGAAGACGGGCCAUUUAAAUGUUUUGUUCAUUACUACACUAACGCCUUUGAGGUCGACGAUGCUAAAAUUGUAUUUUGGUACUAUACCGACCGAGUCGUAAGAAUUAUGGUAAGGUUUCGAACUUAUAUUGUACUUGGUGUUUAGGGACGUAGGAGCUGAAUUUUGCGCUGGAAAGACGUUUGUGGCUGGUAAAAUUAAUGGUUAAACCUGUGGUCGGCUUUUUUCAAUAGUCUAGUGAGUUUUCGUUUGAAAUUUCAUUGAUUUUGUUCAAAAUUACCUUAUUUUAGAUGUUUGCUUGAAUUAUGCUGAAAAAUGCGUUGAAAAUAACGUUUGUUUCGAUUUUUUUUGCACUUGCGUGGGUUUAAUAUGCGUUUAUCUUACAUAAGAAAAGGUUAUGUGGCAAAUUGUGACUCAUCUAGAAGAUGAGUUAUAUUAUUAAUGCAAAAAUUUCCGUAGAGGCGUAAAAAUUUUUAAAUUAAAAGGUUUCUUCUUUUCAGCGAGCUGUGCCAAGGUCCUGUAAUCUGAUUCUAAAUCGUGCUACCUCAGUCGAAGUUAGAAAUGAGUCAAAUCAGUCCAAUAUCUACAUAGAGACGACCGAAGUUUCCGGGGAGUUCCGUUUACUCGCAUUUCCAGCCCAUCCAAUGGACAUCCUAUUCUUGAGUCAAAAAAUUACGUCAUUAGAGCUUGCUCAGAAUUUCAAACAUUUUUCAGCCGGAAAUUUCGCUCGGGGUAUGUUUUUUGCCCGGAAUAAUAAAGGGACUUAUAAAAAACUCUCAUGUUAUAUUGUUUUAAAUCUUGCAGAUCUUAGUUUGGUAGAUGAGAAGAUCUGUUAUGCAAUGGAUAAAACGUUGUCUGGGGCCAAUCUCCAAACCAUUAACUGUCAUAUUAAUACAUUUCAAGUAAAUAUGAAAGUAAUCCUCGAGACGAAAGUGAAAAAGCUGCAUUUUGUGGUAGAUCGCCUCAACAUCAAAGGGUUUCACUUUCUAAAGUAAGUAUUUCAUUUUUGUUUGAGUUUUUAGGAUGAAGACAUAAUACGCCUAGUGUAAUAUGAGAAAUGUCAAGUUGGACUCAGCACUCUAAAUUUUUGUUUUACAGCGUAAAUACGACUGUUGAGGAGCUUGGAUUCGACUUGUCAGUGGAAUUGUUUAACAAGAACCACUGGUUUUUCCAAUCUUUCAUCAAGUCUUUCCCAAGUGUAACGUCUAUCAAUCUUCACCUCGAAAUGGAAGAAAACUUUGGCCAUAAUAAGGUGUCCAAAUGGGAAUCGGUGAUGAAAUUUCCGGAACGUUAUCCAGACAUUGCGUUUUUCUUUGAAACCGGGAAUAUCGAGAUUUUACAAUGUUGCGAUGACUUGGAAAAGCUCGAUGUGGGUAAGUUAGUAGGCCGCAUUUUGGGAAAGAACUGACUAAUAUUGCCGCAAGAGUCUCUGUAGACCGGCUGAUAAUGGAUCUAUUUCCAGAGGACCCGAAUUACGAUUAUUAUCGCCAUGAGAACAUCAACAUUACCUUUAAAAGGGGGAAUCUGGCACUCCCAUUCAUGCAGGGCGCUCCACUCGAAUAA